GAUGGGACCGGGGCGCUUCCAGCCUCGUACCUGGUGUCCGUAGCUCGGCGGGGACUCUCGGAAACACGUCCAGCUGUUGUCGUACCGCUUCCCUGGCUGGAGAUGACGUCACACGGGGACAGACGCCGCCUGCUCUACACAAGCAGCACGCGCCUGUAUGUUUAUGGAGCGUACCCGCACCCAAUUGGCGACCAUUCCUGUGACGUAUACGGAAGUAAAAAGAGCCGAGCCCUCCUUCUGCUAAACAAGGAGAACAUGAGGAUUUCCACAAGUCACCUGCAGCAGCUCACCAUCUUCACCACCUUGUUGACCGGGGGUGGGAUUGGCACCAUGUACUAUCUCUUGCAGAAGAAAUUUGUUGCGUCGGACUACCACCGACUGGCUCUGGAGAGGUUGGAAGCAUGUCCAGUUGCCAUGGGCAGCCUGGGGGCUCCACCUUUAAAGGUUCACAACAUCCAUCUGACUGACAAAGACAACCGCAUAAAUCAACAGACUGCACAGAUAAAGAUCCCUGUGACUGGCUCAGAAACUGGAGGUUAUCUGUAUACUUCUUCAAUUCAAGACCCUGACACUAACAGGUGGAGUCUGAAGCAGGCAGUUCUGAAGCUCCGGGACGGACACACCAUCGACCUGCUGAAUCCUCCUCCACCAGCUACAGAGCUCACGGGGGGGCUGGACACCGGCCGCUGGCACUGACCAACUGGACCAAUGAGAGCAACCACAGUGGACGUUGUUCUGCUCCAACUGGUGUAUUUACAAAUCAGAGAGCCGGUACCCAUAAUGUAAAGCUCUGGAUUGUUUUGUUUUCACUUGGAUAUGAUUGGAUUACAUUUUUCCUGCAGGCAUUUUGUUGUAGUCAUUUCUAGACUUUUCUUUUUUAUUCAACUUCAUUGAAGCUGUGACAAAUUGUGACAUACAAACUUAGUAUUUAUAGUAUAGUAUAGCUUAGUAUUCACUUUGACCACCAAUGAAUUACGAUCUUUCCAUUUAUCAAUACAUUGUUCAAACAUAUUUCCUCGCAUGCAUGUCACGCUUUAUCAUCACUGACUUAGAGUUAGUUGAUUUAUAGCCAUACAAGCCACUUGAUGUAGGCUGUUUGCAAAAGUAUAUAUAAGUGAUGGUGUCGUUGUUAGGAUUAGGGUUUUGUAUGUUGUGUCUGGAUUCAUUGCGUAUCCAAAGAUAAGAUAAUCCUAUUGUUAGUUCCACAGCGGGGAACUUUCUAAAAAUUACAGAAACAAAGGGGAUAGUGCAACAAGAGGCAAAUCCAUAAAAAAACAUAAUAAUCGUAAUGAAUAAGCAUUAAAACAUGAAUGCCCCUACUUAAUUCAGUGAGGAACAAUGACCAAGCUCCAGUAUGUAACUCCUGGGGGGGG